CCUUCACCCCUUUUCUUCCUUUUUAUCAUCCAAUACACCUAAUAACACCUAACUCGUACUCCUCUUAUCUAUCUCUCAGCUCCCUAACUCGUAUUCCUUCUUCUUCUUCUUCCUUUUUUUAGUUAUGAAGAGCUCUUCCAUCCGAUUUUGCAUGGGCAUGCCGGCGGCCAUUAAUGCAUAACUUUCACUAAUAAUCCAAGUUUCAAUCCCAGUCGUAUUUAUAGCGAGGCUAGCCAGCUCCCUUCAACUCGUUUCUUAUACAUAUUUCCUCUGAAAAAGAAAGAAUUAGGAUAUGGCCCCAAGGUCAGGCAGGGGCAAAGGAAACAAAGCUAAGACUGAUAAGAAGAAGAAAGAAGAGAAAGUUGUACCUGGUGUUCUUGACAUAACUGUCAUCACCCCAUAUGAAACUCAAGUCAUACUCAAGGGCAUCUCGACGGACAAGAUACUGGAUGUGAAGAAGUUGCUUGCUGCCAAUGUUGAAACAUGCCACCUUACAAACUAUUCUUUAUCUCAUGAGCCUAAACUGCAGGUUAAAGGACAAAAAUUAAAUGACAAGUUGGAGGUUGUCACCCUCAAGCCAUGUCUGCUGAAGAUGGUCGAAGAGGACUACGCAGAGGUGUCUCAAGUGUUAGCCCACGUGCGGAGACUACUUGACAUAGUCGCGUGCACUACACGCUUCGCCAAGACCAGAGGUGGAAGAGCCGCCACCGCUGGCGGCGGAACAGAAUCUCGUGCCAAGAAGAACAAAACCCAGCAAAAUAGUCCAUCUGGCCGACCGUCCUCACCGGCUGAUGGAGAAGUCCGGCCACCGGAUUCUCCAUCGCCGUCGCCGGCGCCGGCGGCAGCCGUAGGUGAAGGCUAUGAUAUGGUGGCUAUACACCCGAUUCCGAAGCUCUCCGAUUUCUACGAGUUCUUCAAUUUCUCCCACCUAACUCCUCCAAUAUUAAAUUUGAAAAGGGUGGAUCGUAAAGAUGGAGAGAUGGGGCGCGAAGGAGAUUUUUUCGAAAUGCAGAUCAAAAUAUGCAAUGGCAAAUUAAUACAAGUGGUUGCAUCAAGAAAAGGUUUCUAUACUAUGGGAAAGCAAUUUUUACAAAGCCACUCCUUGGUUGAUCUUCUGCAGCAGCUUAGCCAAGCCUUUGUUAAUGCAUAUGAUUCAUUAAUGAAAUCCUUUAUAGAACACAAUAAGUUUGGCAAUCUUCCAUAUGGUUUCCGGGCCAACACUUGGCUUGUCCCUCCAUCUGUAGCCGAUCCUACAUCGGAAUUUGCACCCCUGCCAGCAGAGGAUGAAAAUUGGGGAGGCAAUGGUGGGGGUCAGGGAAGGCAUGGAGAGUAUGUGUUGAGACCAUGGGCUACAGAAUUUGCAAUAUUGGCAAGCCUUCCUUGUAAAACUGAGGAGGAGAGGGUGGUCCGCGACCGGAAGGCCUUUUUGCUUCACAAUCUUUUUGUUGAGGUUUCAACCUUCAAAGCAGUUUCAGCCAUAGGUGAACUAAUGGAUUCCACUGCAAAAGGUAGAAUCAAUUCUUCUACAGGUUCAAUAUUGCUUGAGGAUCGUGUUGGAGACUUGUCUAUAACAGUAAAAAGAGAUGCAACAGAUGCGAGCUCAAAAGCAGAAGUUAAAAAUAUCUUCUCGGGAAUUCCUAACCAAUCCUCUCAGGAAGUGACUCAAAGAAACUUACUUAAAGGGUUGACUGCAGAUGAGAGUGUAGUUAUGCAUGAUACUCCCUCAUUGGGAGUUGUUGUUGUGAGACAUUGCGGAUAUACUGCAACAGUUAAAGUUAUUGGCCAUGUCAAGAGGGGAAGGAAUUUAGUGAAUAACAUAGAAAUUGAUGACCAACCGGAAGGAGGAGCCAAUGCACUCAACAUUAACAGCUUGCGCAUUUUGCUUCACAAGUCAUUUACUUCUGAAUCAUCUGGGGAAGGCCAAUCACGUAACUCCCAUUACUGUAACUUUGAGAAAUCAAGGUGCAUUGUUCGAAAAAUAGUUGAAGAUAGUUUGAGUAAAUUAGCAGACGAAGCUAUGCAUGAUAGGACUAUCAGGUGGGAACUUGGUUCUUGCUGGGUACAGCAUCUACAAAAACAGGAAACACCAACAGAAAACAGUUCAAAAAAUAAAGAGGAUGAUAACAAGGUUGAGCCAGUGGUUAAAGGCUUAGGGAAGCAAUUUAAAAUGCUGAAGAAGAGGGAAAGGAAACCAAAUAGUUCAAGUAGCAUAGAAGAAAAUGAAGAAAGUGGCGGAGUCAGCGGUUCCAACACCAAAAGCAGCAUUGAUGAGUUAAAUAGCAAUGACUCUGAAUGUGGAAAUGAGUUGAGGAAUAUUAUUUCUGAAGAAGCUUAUCAACGUCUGAAAGAAAGUGGAACCGGUCUUCAUCUCAAGUCUGUCGAUGAGCUCAUGAAGCUGGCCCAUAAGUAUUAUGACGAAGUUGCUUUGCCUAAGCUGGUUACGGACUUUGCAUCUCUUGAACUGUCCCCAGUUGAUGGACGCACGCUCACUGAGUUCAUGCAUCUAAGAGGGUUGCGGAUGUGUUCUUUGGGUCGGGUGGUUGAACUUGCGGAGAAGCUUCCUCAUAUACAGUCGCUUUGUAUUCAUGAGAUGGUUACUCGAGCUUUUAAGCAUGUACUUAAGGCAGUUAUUGCUUCUGUUGACAAUUGGGCCAACUUACCAGUAGCAAUUGCGUCAUCACUUAACUUCUUGCUUGGCUCCUGCACUGCUGAGGACACUGGUUCAAACUUUAGUGAUGAUUAUACACUCCAUUUAGAAUGGUUGAGGACAUUUUUGGCAAAAAGAUUUGGUUGGAGGCUGAAAGAUGAGAUUCUGAAGUUGAGGAAGUUGUCAAUUCUUCGGGGACUUUGUCAUAAGGUCGGGUUGGAGUUGGUUCCAAGAGACUAUGACAUGGGAAACCCAAAUCCAUUUAGACCAUCUGAUAUUAUCAGUGUGGUGCCUGUCUGUAAACAUGUAGGAUGCUCUUCUGCUGAUGGAAGAAAUUUACUAGAGUCAUCCAAGAUUGCACUGGAUAAAGGGAAGCUUGAAGAUGCUGUUAAUUAUGGAACAAAAGCUCUUGCGAAGAUGAUAGCUGUAUGCGGUCCCUAUCAUCGAACAACUGCAAGUGCCUACAGUCUCCUGGCUGUUGUUCUUUAUCACACUGGAGAUUUUAAUCAGGCAACUGUCUAUCAACAAAAGGCAUUGGAUAUCAAUGAGAGGGAGCUAGGACUUGACCAUCCCGAUACAAUGAAAAGUUAUGGGGAUCUUUCUGUGUUUUAUUAUCGUCUUCAGCACAUUGAGUUGGCACUCAAAUAUGUCAACCGUGCUUUGUUUCUUCUUCAUUUUACCUGUGGACUAUCUCAUCCGAAUACAGCUGCUACGUAUAUAAAUGUGGCCAUGAUGGAAGAGGGAAUGGGUAAUGUUCAUGUGGCUCUCAGAUAUCUGCAUGAAGCCCUUAAAUGCAACCAAAGAUUACUGGGAGCAGAUCAUAUACAGACUGCUGCUAGCUAUCAUGCCAUAGCCAUAGCUCUUUCAUUAAUGGAAGCAUAUUCACUUAGUGUGCAACAUGAACAAACUACACUACAAAUUCUUCAAGCUAAACUGGGAUUGGAGGAUCUCCGAACUCAGGAUGCUGCUGCAUGGCUGGAAUAUUUUGAAUCAAAAGCCCUGGAACAGCAAGAAGCAGCAAGGAAUGGAACCCCAAAACCUGAUGCAUCUAUAGCUAGCAAAGGACAUCUUAGCGUAUCUGAUCUCCUUGAUUACAUAAGUCCUGAUCCAGAUUCAAGAGUCACAGAUGCACAGAGGAAGCGACGUGCAAAGGUGUUGCCUGUGGGUGAUAAACUCCAGCAGGGGCUGCAUGAUGAUAGAAAUGAUGAGUCCACAAGUGGUGAUGUUAUUGAUAUGAUUGUGACUGCAGCAGGAAGUGACAAUGUGGAAACAAAGGCAAUCAAGGUUCCCAUCCAGGAGCCCGAGGUCAUUGAUAGCAGCAUUACCACUUCUCCAGUUAUAGAAGAAGUUGUCCAAGAUAUCAGUUCAGAUGAGGGGUGGCAAGAAGCUAACCCAAAAGGACGGUCUGGUAAUGGGUCUGGAAGGAAGUUCAACCGCAGGCGGCCAAAUCUUACGAAGUUAAAGCUAAACUCUGAAUGGCAUAAUUUUGGAGACAACAGUCAGCGAAAGGAAGCUAUUGCACAGGGACGUAAACCAUCAUCCAAGACUAUGUCAGGUGAUAUUUCUCUGCAGAAGCAAGCUAAGACUGCUAGUCUUGGUGCUAUUGAAGAUUCAAGUAAACCACCAGCCAAGUCUUUGGAUGCUAGAGUUUCUCCAACAUCAGCUUCUAAAGUGUCCUUAAAUCCUGCCAGUCUCACACCCACGGCUUCCAAGUCUUUGUCAUAUAAAGAUGUAGCCGUGGCAGCACCAGGUACGGUUCCAAAGCCCUUUCUGGAGAAAGUAGAACAAAAGGUAGAAGAAUUAAACGAGGCACACACUGAUAACCCAAUCUCCAUUAGUCAACCCAAGACAUCAGAGAAUGGGAAAGAAAGCAUAGCUCUAGACGAUGCAUUACCAAAUCCUGAAGAUACAGGAUCACCAGUUGAAGGUGAGGUUAAUGGAAGUGGUAGCAAGGCAGAGAAUUCAACCCCGGAGUUUGACGAUGACUUGAAUCCAAAUGAUCAAGAAAAACAUGCAGAAACAAAUGGGAGCAAGCUUUCAGCUGCCGCUCCACCAUUUAAUCCAGGUGCCUGCCCCUUGGUCCACUCAUUGAGCUCCCCUACGGCAACUAGUGUCUAUGAUGUAGUAGCAAGUCAAAGCAUGCUCACAGAACCAGCGGGUUUCCCCUCAGUUGCGGCUAGAGUUCCUUGUGGUCCUAGAUCACCUUUAUACUACAGAACAAGCCAUUCGUACCGAAUGAAACAUGGGAUCUUAAAUUACCAAAUCCCUAUAAUGGAAAGAAAUGAAUCUGUUUCGCCAAAAACUAUGAACCCUCACGCACCGGAAUUUGUUCCCAGAAAAGCUUGGGGCCAGUCUGCGGCAACUGAAGGUUCAAGGGGAUCUACUUCUUCUGAUUCCUCUGGAGACUCCAAUGCAUCAGAUCCUGAAGUUUCCUCAGAAGAGAAGCUUGAUAAAAAGGUAAGCAACGGGCUCCAAGAAGCGAGGUCAAAGAAGAGUAGUUCAGAAGCUGAAAAGGCUGAGUUAGCGAGACAAAUACUACUAAGCUUUAUUGUCAAGUCGGUGCAGCAUUCUUCAGAUUCUCAAAGUGAGUCCCUUGUCAGUGAGAAGAAGCGGGAGGGUUCUGCAAAUUCUGCUGAAGCAAUUGCAAAUGACAGUGCAAUAAUAAAAAUCCUAUACGGAAAUGAAGGAAAGAAAGAAAUGGUGUCUGAAGGCAACAAGAAUGAAAAGCCAAAAAUAGUGGAUGUGAAUAAGAAUAGGCAUGGGGAUGGCGAAGGAUUUAUUGUUGUUACAAAACGGAGAAGAAAUAGGCAGCACUUCACGAAUGGGGUGAAUGGGUUGUAUAAUCCACGAUCUAUAUGUGCUUCAGUGCGUUGAAGAGGGUCAAGCUGUAAUCCUGGAAUGAACUAGAGCACAAAGAGUAUGAUAAUAUUCUCCCAGUUCAAGCAUGGCGGAGAUAUCUUUGCAUCAAAUCAAGAAACAAAACAGUGGCGGCUCACUAGAUAACCAGUUCUAGAUUUCAUUAAUAGAGAAUCCUGAUUUCCUGUUUUGGUUGCUCUAGUAAUAGUUGUAAAGUUUUCUUGCCCAGAAAUUUUGUUCCCUUCUUUGUAUAUUAUGCAGUAAAUGUUUUCUCCUGCUCAAGCUUCUGUAAUCCGACGACAUUACUGAUCGAUCUGCCAAAAUGAUGAGUUAUUUUUUAAUCUGUUAA